AUGACGCUGACUUUCACCGUGCGCCGGCGCGAGCCGGAGCUCGUCGGCCCUGCUGAGCCGACGCCCCGCGAGACCAAGCGCCUGUCCGACAUCGACGACCAGGAGACGCUGCGCGGGCAAGUGCCGUCCAUGUUCUUGUACCGUGGCGGGCCGCGCGCCGCCGACGACCCGGCGGGCGUCAUUCGCCGAGCGCUCGGCGAGGCGCUGGUGCCCUACUACCCGCUCGCCGGGCGGGUGCGGGAAGUGGAGGCGCGGAAGCUGGUCGUCGACUGCACCGGCGAGGGGAUCAUGUUCGUGGAGGCCGACGCCGACGUGCGGCUGUCGGAGCUGGAGGCGGCCGGGCUGACGAUGCCGCCGUUCCCGUGCGCGGAUCAGCUGCUGUUCGACGUGGAAGGCUCCAGCGGUAUUCUCAACAGCCCCUUGCUGCUCAUCCAGGUGACACGGCUACUGUGCGGCGGCUUCGUCUUGGCGCUCCGCCUCAACCACACCAUCUGCGACGCCAUCGGCAUCAUCCAGUUCCUGUCCGCCGUCGCGGAGCUCGCCCGGGGCUUCCCCGCGCCAACCGUUGCGCCGUCAUGGUCCCGCGAGCUCCUGGAGGCACGCAACCCGCCGAGGCCGACGUUCCCUCACCACGAAUUCGACGCCGUGCCACCGCCGGCGCCGCCUCCGGGCGAUAUGGUCACGCGGACGUUCACCUUUGGUCCGUCCGGCGUCUACGCCAUCAGGAAGGGCCUCCCACCGAAGCUCCGGGACACGGCCACGACUUUCGAGGUGCUCGCGGCGGCUCUCUGGCGUGGCCGCACGGCGGCGCUGGAGCUCCCGCCGGACGAGGACGUGCGCCUGGUGUUCGUCUCCAACAUCAGGGGCGUGCCGGAGCUGGGGCUUCCGGCCGGCUACUACGGGAACGCGUGCGUGCCCACGGGUGGGCUGGUCACCGCGGGGGCCCUCCUCGCCGGCUCGCUGGGCGACACGGUGGAGCUGGUGCGCGAGGCGAAGGCGGCGGUGACCGCCGAGUACGUGCGGUCCACGGCCGACCUGCUGGUGCUGCGCGGCCGGCCGUAUGUGGCCAUGUCGAACAUGUUCCUCGUGUCAGACAACCGGCGCACUGGGUUCCACCGCGUCGACUUCGGGUGGGGCGUCCCCGUGUUCGGCGGCCCCUCCACCGCGAUGUGGGGCGGUAGCUUCAUCCUCGCCGUCAGGAACGCCGACGGGGAGAACGCCGCGGCAUUGCCGAUCAUGCUGCCGCGGCCGGCGAUGGAUCGUUUCGCGUCGGAGGUGGAGAGGCUGUUGAAGGAUUAG